AUGUCUGUGGUAUUUGAUUGUAGAGUGCAGACUAGGCAAACUGGAUACGGUUACCGCCGCGGCCGAAGCUAUGAUGACCUCCGUCACUAUGUGGAUUAG